AUGCAUGAUCUACACCGACAAUCACUGGAGAUCAUCUUGCGCUACCUGUGGGAGCAGGUGACUGGCUCCAAGGACUCGAAGCCUCUGGCCGAGGCUGGUGCAGUGGGCCAGAGGGCACUAGAGACCCUGCGGCACUUGGGCGAUGACAUGCAGCGCAACCAUGAGACGGCAUUUCAGGACAUACUUCAGGAAUUAGACAUUAAAAACAAAGAUGGUGUUAAAUCUUUUUCUCGAGUGAUGGACCACGUUUUCAAAGAUGAUGUAACAAACUGGGGCAGGAUUGUGACUCUUAUUUCUUUUGGUGCCUUUGUGGCCAAACACUUAAAGAACAUAAACCAAGAAAGCUACAUUGAACCCUUAGCAGAAAGUAUCACAGAUGGUCUUAUAAGGACGAACCGGGACUGGCUUAUCAAACAAAGAGGCUGGUAUGGGUUUGUAGAGUUCUUCCACAUACAGGACAGACUAGAAGGCAGCAUCAGAAAUGUGCUUCUGGCUUUUGCAGCUGUUGUUGGAAUAGGGGCUGGUCUGAUAUAUCUAUAUCUAAUAAGAUAG